AACGUAAACUUUCUGAAUCAUUAUCAAUCUGUCAACAAAGUGCCAAUUUGUUUGAAUUUCAAUCUUGUAUCCGCGAAAGCAAUUCGAUUAUAUUAGCUGAGAAUGACGCAACAACGCCAUCUAGAGUUUCAAUAGAACAGAAAAAUCGUACUAUAUUAUCGGAAUAUGGGAACUUUUGGGGCGCUAAACCUUCUAGAUGGCUAUAUAUCUCUAACGUGCCGAAAAAUACUGAUCGACGCGCAUUAAUUAAUCUAUUAUGGGCUCAAGGAGAUGUACACAAUGUGCUUGUUGGACUCUUGGACUCUGAAGGACUUGUCUAUAUAGCAUACUAUGAUAUUAGAGAUGCAAUGAAAGCGCGCAAAGUACUUCAAGGAUACCUACUAGGUGAUAACUAUUUGAAGGCCGAAUUUUGUUCCAAACCAUUCUCCAAGAAGGCAGCUGACCUGGACGACUUAGCACAAUGGGAAUGGGAUAAUGACGGAAUAAUUUUAUUAAAUAUCCUUGGAAGAAGACUAGAGGAGCCCAGAAUAAAGUGCGAAUUCAGCAUAUACGGAGAUAUAUUAUCAGUAAAGCCUCUUACUUCGGAAAAUUCUCAACGAAUGCUGAUCGAAUACUAUGACACUCGCGAUGCAAAUGAUGCCAAACAAAUAGCAAACAAUAAAUUACUUCGCAAUGCGACGUUGAAAGUCGAAUUCUAUAAUCACGAAGUAUAUUCUUGGAGAGCGAUCAACAAGUCGUCUAGCGAAGAAACCUAUGAUACAUCUUCGUGCGAGACAUCUUCUGAUUGCUUGCCAAAUGCGACCAGACAAACUGAAGUUCGUCAAAACAAUAGCAUCAACAACAACAGUAGCAUCAUCGCAUCUGGAAACCGUGAAGAUGGAAGGACAACAUUCAUGAUAAGAAAUAUCCCAAAUAAAUACACUCAGCGAAUGUUGUUGGAGACCCUCGACGCGACCCACAAAGGGCAGUACGAUUUUAUAUAUUUGAGAAUAGACUUCAAAAAUCGCUGUAAUGUGGGAUACGCAUUUAUUAACUUUGUCGAUACCAACGCGGUACUCUCAUUCAUCGAGAACCGCGUUGGGCAAGCACGCCUUGAUCGAAAAAUUCCGAAACAGCAGCGUGAUGAGGGAGGCGCCGGAAUACCGGCCAAAAAUCUUCUUCUCUUAUGGGAGCUUGAGGGGGGUGGAACAACCAUUCCAUCCUUCCCGAUAAUCCCAUAA